AUGGCGUUCAAAAAGUUAAUAUUUAUUACAGCAUUUUACAAUUUAAUCAAUUAUUUAACAAAUGAUGGUAAAUGUACAUGCCAAGCAUUUAAUAACCCUCUUGCACAACCCCAAUUUGAAAUGGAAGAUGAAUAUCAAAUAUUUGGAGAUAAUGAUCUUACAGCGGAAACAGAACCAGUACCUGAUGAUGGAAAUGUAAAUAAUGGUGGAAAUAAUUUUAAUAAUUAUAAUGGAAAUGAUGAUGGAGAUGAUGGUGAUGAUGAUGAUGAUGAUGACGAUGAUGAUGAUGAUGAUGAUGAAAUAAUUAACAAUGAUGAUGAUGAAGAUGAUGGAAAAAAAAAAUAA